AUGGUAGCAUUUGUGAUAGCAUGGUCUAAUUCAAACGUGCGACAAGCUUGUAUUGGAGCUGCCAUCUGUAGCCUAUGUAUAUUAUUCCUUAUUGGUAGCGUUUCAAUUACCAGAUCAUUGAUACUAACAGCAGCUGCAUGGCUUUCAGUAUUUUCGUUCUUCUCAUUGAUAUCAACGGUUAUCUCUUUAUCCGUAACACAGAAGCCAUCGGCUAAUUAUACAUAUGGUUUUGCUCGAGCACCUGUUCUUGCCGUCUUUGCUACAACUGUACUUACAACUUUAGCAGCAAUAUUUUUGAUUAAAGAAAGUAUGGAGCAUAUCCUGGAGAAUGAUCAUCAUCUUCAUCCAAAUGGCUUAUAUAUUUUUGGUGCUAUUGCAGCAUCUGUUUCAUUAGAAAUUGCUGCUUACGGUGUCAAAAAUCAACCAAUACAACAUGUACUUACUGCAUCCAGUAGUUCUUCGCUACAAGAACACUUUGCUGAUAUUUCCCAUGCAAUCUGUUACAUUUUGCCUGGUCUUAGUGUGCUUUUAUUGCCUAGACUGAAUGCUUUAUCACUUUUAGCUCUUUUAACAACUAUCGCGUGUGUGAUUACACAUUGGUUUGUGUCGAAUUUGUGGUGGAUUGAUGCGUUUGCAACAUUAAUACUUUCAAUUUGCAUUUUUCUUACAAUGUGGCCGCUGUCAAAAUAUACUGGUCGAAUCUUAUUGCAAACCACUCCGCCGCAUAUUCAUAACCAGUUAGAUAGAUGCAUAUCAGAAGCAUCGACAAUAGAUGGAGUUCUAGAAUUACGGCUAGCCCAUUUUUGGCAGUUAGACUUCACAACAAUGGCUGGUACAGUGGAUGUUCGUGUACGUCGAGAUGCUGAUGAACAGCUGGUGCUAGCGUUAGUUACCGAAAAGCUUUCUGCUGUAAUCUCCGUAUUAACAGUGCAGAUUGUGAAAGAUGUAGUAACAAGUUGGCAAGCAGCAUGUAAGACGCAUUCAGCACCAUACGACCUGUCUCGACCUCCGCAAUUUCAUUCUUCUAGUUCAUUAAAUCAUUUUGAAGAAUCAUCUUCCCAUUGUCAUGAACAUAAACAUAAUAAUUCCGACGAAGGUCAUGGCCAUUCGCAUGAUGUUCACCAUACACUUCAUUAA